UUCCUAAAGUUUUUGGAAUAUUUCCAUAAAAUGCAAGUCUUUGCUUGGUGGGUCCUGGAACUUCACAUAAUAAAAAUUGUUUCUUCGUACAUCAUAUGGGUGACUUUAAGAGAGAUUUCCCUUCUCAAUUAUGUAUUUUUAACUGGUUGGGCUUUUGCCUUGCCCUAUUCCCAGUUUCGGCCAUUAGCAUCCAGUGUUUGUACAGUUUGGACAUGUGUCAUCAUUGUAUGUAAAAUGUUGUAUCAACUUUCAACUAUUGAUCCACUGACCUUCUCUAGCAACUGCACAAUGCCUUUUGACAAUCAGACCAAUAUUGUUAACAAGACAGAACUUCAGCUCUCACUUCUGUACAGUGGUCCAAUUGAUCCAUCUGGGUGGGUUGGAUUAAAGAAGUCAAGUCCACUUCUUGUCUAUUUA